UCUCGGUGAGGAUACUGUCACCUUCGGUGAAUGCUAGGAAGGACACCGCCCCGCUCUUUAGGGUACUCUCCGUCGUUCCCCAAUUCCCUAGCCACCCUCGCCGGAAUCAUGAGGAAAGCGCGGAGGACAACGCCGCCGCCUCCCUCCACCCCUUCUCCUUCUCCGCCUUCUCCUCCUUGGAAAGAGAGAUCUGUUCUCACCGCCCCCGCCGCGCUCAAGCCCCAGCGAUCUCUCGCUGCUCAUCUUUCCGCCGCAGCCUCCGCCGAUUGGGAGCUGCUCCCGCUACCCCGCUCCGAGCUUUCCCUAUCCGUAACCCUACCCACUGGACAGACCUUCCGUUGGCGUCGCACCGGUUCCUCACACUACACAGGCGUCGUAGGUCCGCACCUCCUUUCCCUCCAGCACCUCGAGAGCGACCCCGCCGGCCGCGUCGCCUUUGUCCUCCAUAAUCCAGGCAGCUCCGAUUCCUCUUCCGCUCGGUCCGUCCUUUCCGACUUCCUCAACGUUCACGUGUCUCUCGGGGACCUCUGGGACCGUUUUUCCCUUGCCGAUGCUCGCUUUGCUGAGCUCGCGAGCCGGUUUGACGGUGGCGCCCGCAUCCUCCGUCAAGACCCGGUGGAGUGCGUCUUCCAGUUCCUCUGCUCCUCUAACAAUAAUAUCGGCCGCAUUGAGAAGAUGGUCGGCGUGCUCUCGUCAUAUGGGGAGUACCUCGGGACGGUCGGAGGAUUUGAUUUCCAUGAAUUCCCGUCGCUUGAGAGGCUAUCUCUAGUCACAGAGCAGCAGCUCCGAGAAGCUGGAUUUGGUUACAGGGCAAAAUACAUUGUAGGUGCAGUUAAAAUUUUGCAAGGAAAACCUGGAGGAGGCGCCAAGUGGCUUGCCUCUCUUCGUAGUCUGGAGCUUGAAGAGGUGAUUGAUGCUCUCUGUAUUCUACCAGGGGUGGGACCUAAGGUUGCUGCUUGCAUUGCUCUUUUCUCCUUGGAUCAACACCAUGCGAUUCCUGUCGACACUCAUGUUUGGCAGAUUGCAACCAAAUACCUAAUGCCAGAGCUUGCUGGCACGCGGUUGAGUCCCAAGCUGUAUAAGUCCAUCUCUGAGGCGUUUGUGGCCAAGUUUGGUGAAUACGCCGGCUGGGCGCAGAAUGUGCUCUUCAUCGGCGAGUUACCUUCUCACAAGGCUUCUGUUGAAUUGUGUGCUGGGGAAAAUAAAUCUGCCAACGGUGGAAAACGGGGGAGGAAAAGAGCAGCUGCUUCUUUGGAACAAGAUGUCUCCCGUUCCAUCGUCAUUAAGUAGGAGGAUGAAGUAGUAUCCAGUAUUGCUAACCCAUAGUCAAUGUUAACUUGGCUCGCUGAAUUUGAGAUGAUGACUUAUUGCCGCUCGAAUUUUCAGAAUUUUUAAUGAAUUUAACAUGAACUUUCGACCUGUUAACGAGUGUGAAUAUUACAAAAUUUAUAUAAUAUUUUUAUGUGAGUUUGAACUAAUACAA